AUGGUAUUGGCUGAAAGAAGCAGUGAUGUUCGAAACGGGAAGCGAUCAAGAGGGCCGAGCCCUAAUGGCCAUGGAAGCCCAGAUUCCAGCUCAGAGGAUGAAAAUGUAGUACCAUUUGCAGCUGAGAAGAUAAGAGUGGGUCGAGAUUAUCAGGCAGUUUGUCCAGAAUUAGAACCGGUAGAACAACGAAGACCUGAACAAAUUUCAGAUAGAGCAUUACUUGUGUGGUCACCUACAUCAGAUAUAUCAGACAUAAAAUUGGAUGAAUAUAUAACAACAGCUAAGGAGAAGUAUGGAUACAAUGGUGAACAAGCAUUAGGAAUGUUAUUUUGGCACAAGCAUGACCUAAAUCGCGCAUCCAUGGAUCUUGCUAAUUUUACACCUUUUCCUGAUGAAUGGACAGUGGAGGAUAAAGUGCUGUUUGAACAAGCUUUCCAGUUUCAUGGGAAAAGCUUUCACAGAAUAAGGCAAAUGUUGCCUGACAAAUCAAUUGCUUCAUUAGUGAAAUAUUAUUAUUCAUGGAAAAAAACAAGAGCUCGUACCUCACUAAUGGAUGUUGUUGGUGAGGGUCGCAAUGCUACUAGUUCAGGUACAGGGAAGAGGGAAUCUGGAGCUGGCUCUGAACCUGGUGGAUCAGACAAAGAAUCAGAUAAUGAUGAAAAGAAGUGGACUAUCCACCGAGGUAUUGUCCGAGGAGGCAAGUCCCUCGCAGCGGGUGGUUCCUCGCUUCGCACCGGACAGCAGGGUGAGGGCGAGGGAGGCGGCGAGGGUCCGGGGAAAUGGUGCACUGUUUGCGGCAUACUGUGCACACAAACAACGGUGCACAACUCGCAGAAGUUGUGCCAGGCAUGCCUCGUGCACGCCAGACGUACGGGGACGAUGAGGCCGCUCUGCGGUCCGUCGGGGCGACGCGGGCCCGGCUCCAAACAGCAGCGGUACAAGCACCGCUUGCCGCGCGGCAUUUACAUCAAUCACGACGAUCUCGUCGCCAUGGCAACCGGCCCCCAACCCGGAGACCCCCCACAGCCAGGCCAUAUCAAUCAGGGCGAAGCAAUGCUUAAAGCGAUGGACAGAGAGAUCAUAUCGCUCAAGAGACAAGUCCAACAAAAUAAACAACAGUUAAGUGCCAUGAAACGCAAAGUAGGGGAUGCGGGAGUAGAAGAACUCAGACCUGGUGAGCCGCCGGCAAAGAUUAAUUCCCGUUGGACCAAUGAUGAAUUACUUAUGGCAGUAACAGCAGUUCGAAAAUAUGGUAAAGAUUUCCAAGCGAUUGCGGAGACGCUAGGUACGAAAACGGAGGCGCAUGUGCGUACAUUUUUCAUAUCGUACCGACGCCGUUAUAAUUUGGAUGCUGUGCUACGCGAGCAUGAGGCUGAUCGUGGAAAUGUCAAUCACAUACAAUCUGGUACAACAAGCACUGAAAAUGCUGACAAUGAAUCAGCGAACACAAAUGGCAAUAAUGGCGCCAGCUCACCACAGGCUACUGGGAAAGAUGAGAAGACGGAGGUAGACAGCGAGGGAGUUGCAAUUGGUGCUUCAGCAGAGCAAGGUGGACCUCCAACUACACCUCCAAAGCAUAAGCCAGCUAAG